AUGGCGCCCACGUUCCUCAAAGAACUGCGCCGCCGAUCAAGAGCAAGUUUUCGAACCGACAACUCUACCGACGCCUCUAGCGAUGGCGCCGCCAGCCAAGGCACUUCGCCAUCAAGUGGCUCCGUCACUCCUCCGUCUCUCGCUCAACAGUCCGACCCUGCCCUUGAUCUUCAAAUCAAGAAAACCAACACUACGCAACAAAACCAAACCCAGAUGGCCCACCCGGCACGACCCAUGAUGUCUCCUGCGAGUAAUAGUAGUAGGCACAGCGUGUCGGGCAUGUCUGGCCUUGGAGCUCCUCCUAGCAAUGGUCGAAGCAAUGUGCCCUUGUCUCAGUACGCCCCGCGAGUACACAAUGUCUCGGAGAACUCAUGGGUGUACCAGAAAGUGCUUUUGCUGCAUGGCACCAUUGGCGAGCCAGGACAGUGCUCCAUGGAUGGUAACGUGGUUGUCAGCCGAUAUGACGACAGCUUUCCUGCCAUUAGCUGGCCUGUUUGCGAAUCUCACUUCAAGGCUCUGGUGUACUUGCAGCCCGGACCAAAUAAAUUUCGACUCGACUUCUCCAGCCCCAAACUUGCCAACAGCUCGUCGUCGAAUCCUAUCCAUGCCUCAUACCUCACUGUCCACAUGAUACCCCCAAUGAACGCUCCGCCACUACAGCUUGCGAUUAUUGUCGCAAAGGAUUCGCCGCAAACCUUUGAUGCAACCCCUGCUCGGGCAGAGAAAGAGGGCAAUGGGUUGGACACGGCCGUACGAAAAUUCCGGAUGGCGGCAUAUCUCUGGCAAGCAUUCACCGCAGAGCAGAUGUGGAGGCACAAGCUAGGACGCCGGGUAUUCCGGUAUGAAGAGGAAUGGACUUUGGGCUCUGCCAACUAUCGCGAUAGAGAAAACGGCACCAUGCGAUCCGAGGCUCGAAUCCACAUCAUUCGCUCGGACAAAACUGUGGCUGAGAUCCUCGACUUGAAUAAAGCCCAACAAUGCGAUGAAGCGACCGACAAGAACGCCUUGUUUGGAGUGGCUGCUGACGCUGUAAGGGAAUACUUCAGGCCCCUUCCGGGUCAGAAGAAUUACGUCUCGGUCCUUUUCCUUGAUGCGCAUUGGGACGCCCAGGAGAAAGUCAUUCGAGGCCACGCUGCGCUGGGCGGUAGUGCUGGAGACCUGCAGCUUGCCAUUUUUGGCUCGCACUGUCUGCAGAGCUACCCUUCCAGCUUCGAAGAAGUGGUGCCUGCUUUCACAGACUGCACCCCUACGGACACGAGAUAUAUCGCGAAUGAUUGCAAUGAGGCGGGAAGCUCGUGGGAGGCGGUCAACAUUGGGAUUGGCGCUCACUUGCAUGAGACUGGGCAUCUGUUUGGCUGCCCACAUCAGGAGUCCGGUAUCAUGCUGAGGGACUAUGUCGUCUUCAAUCGCUCCUUUGUCCCACGAGAGGCCUUCUCUACCAGGACCAAAUCAAAAGGUGGUUUGGUGACGCAGGCGGACGAAUGUGGCUGGCACCGCCUCGAUUGUUUGCGAUUCCGAACCCACCCAGCGUUUAGACUGCCUAAUGAUGCUCCUUUAAACCCAGAUGACAGUGUCCAAGCAUUCGCCAUCGAAGGGGCCACGGUCCUGGCAAUGGCGGCAACCGGCAUUUCCUUUGUGGAGGUUUUGGGUGAGGGAGACGAUGUCUGCCAUGCGUGGCUUGAAUACACGACGGAGAACGGGCCAGUACAGCGCCAACUAGCCCUGAGUGAGCAAGAUUUGCGAGCGCGUUUGCCUGAAGCUAAGCGCAAGGGGCGCAUUUCAAUAUCGAUCAAGUCUCACGGGGGAGGUUCGCUAACCAUCCCCGACUUCAAGGAGUUCACCUCGAGGGGUUCUAUGGUGAAGUUGGGAAACGGCAAGACUGCAUCUAGAAGCCAGAGGCUGGGUGAAUCCAAAACGCAAGGCAGCGAACCACAAGAGUUUGUCUUUACCAGUGCAACCCAGCAAGACAGAGUCAUGUGUCGAGUAAUUGUUUACCACGGGUCGGCUCUAGAUGGUCUGGAGUUUGUAUACGACGACAGUACCUCGCAACUAUUCGGCAGCAGGGGUGGAAAGGCUGGGGGCGACACAUUUGAAUUUGAUGUCCGUCGUGGCGAGUACCUGAGCGGACUCUUGGUCCGAGCAGGUCUCUGGAUCGAUGGUGUACAAAUAUUGACAAGCUUGGGUAGAAAGUCGGUCAUUUUUGGCAACGCUCACGGAGGCUCUGCGUAA